UCUUCAUGAAAGGAAGUCGCAUCACAUUGAGGCACGAGAAAAUCCAACACCUCCCUGGAAAUGGAGAAAUGAUAGGGGAGGAAAAAAAAAGAUAAUGGGACCAGUCAUUGGCUGCUACCUAAUUCUAACCUUGGUGUACAAUAAUUGGGGCUGUUGUGCAGAGGACUGCUUUGCUGUGAAGGCACGUCGAGAUAAUAAAGUUGUGUCUGAGGGCAAGAGCUUGUCACUCUCAUGUGAUGUUGAGCACUGUGGCGUAAGCGGCUGGUCUGGAGGAUGGGGAGUACUCAACGGAGACACUUUCAGCUCCUUACAACCCACAGCCAGGAUCCACAUUUACAACGAAGACUUGUCCAACAAUAGUACCCGCCUUAACAUCAACUUUAUCAGCACAAAUAAGUCAGACAGUGGGGCAUAUCAGUGUCGCAUCAACUGGAGAGAGAACGGCAAUGGCAACAGCAACGGACAUGUAACAAAUGUGAAUGUCACUGAUGCCCAUCCUAAUCGGGAGGAACAAUCUGAGAGGAGGAUUGUGCUCCUGAGAGUAUUUCUGUUUAUCUGUGCCUGCCUCUCUUUUCCUCUCGCCUUGCUGCUGGCUCGUUGUCUGCAACGCCCAGCUUCUCCAGCGGUCCCUCCUCGCUCAUACUCCAACGGACAGAUAGAAAGGCCGCGUGAGCCAAUGUAUGCAGUGCUGGCGCUGGAGAAUGUGGGGCGCCACAACCAGAGGCCUCAGCAGCAAUCACAAGGAUCACCUGUCAUGUACUCCUCCAUACGCCUGUAGCAGCCUGUCAAGUGCAGGAAAAGAUCCAUAUCCAAAGCAAGAUACGAAAACCAAGUCAACAGUGAGUAAGGACACACAGUGAGAGCAAGCUCUACAAGCACCUUGGUGAAGGACCUUGGUCCGAAACGUGCUAAAUAAACGUUUGGGAGCUUCUAUCAGUGAACGGACCUCUGUCAUUUCUUUUCAGCAAGCUCUACAAGCACAUUAUUGCCAACCUGACAAGUACUGACAUCUGGGAAGAGAUGGGUCUUCAAAAGCGUUUUGAAGAUGGAGAAGGAUGCCACUAUUCUGACAGCGUUUAGUAGCUUGUUCAGGGGACAAAUGAGGAAAAAGGCCGAACUGUGUCCUUGUGUGAAGGUGCGGUGAUGCAGGCAUCAUCCUUUGGAGGAGCACAGUCUAUGGCAGAAAAAAACCCAGACACCACCUUCCUGGUUGACCAGAAACCAGACAUGUUGCCACAUUAGCUUGUGACUUGUGCUUCAU